UCUCUUUAUAUGGAGGAAAGUAGAUCGCUACCUACGGUAUCCGUCCACGGGGAGCGAGUUGAAAUAAGCGAAUUUAGCCGGUUCCCCCUCGGCGCCGGCGCCGUCUGAAAGCGAGUUAGGUGAUCCGGAGGACGGGUAGGAGCGUCGGCUGCCAUCCCGGGCGCGCUGGCGGGCUCCCCGGCAGUGUUUUAAUGUGGGGACUACGUGACAUGGCGGAGUGAUGCGUAGGGCGUGAUCCGCGUUUUCCUUUUGGAGAAAGUGCAGCGAGUUUUGGAAAUAGAGGAGGUUGAGCUUGACUGAGCCGGGGGUGAGGGGUCUUAUGGGGGGCAGCAUCACUUCUGAAACUUAACUUCUCCCGUUAUAAGGGGACGUCGGAGCCUUUCUGACUUUCCGGACCGCUGUUUUCUUUUUUUUUUUUUUCUUCUCCUCCUCUCCCUCCCUUCCCCCGUUGACCACCUCGCUGGCCGGUGUAUGUGCUUUGCUGUAACAAGACGAGCACGCACGGGCCCCAGCGAGCGGCUGGCUUUCUUUAAAGACACCCCCGGGGGCAGCAGAGUAUAAUGUUACCGAGCCAGGCUGGGUCGGCACCAGCUGGAAACGGGUCGUCUGCGGGCCGGGGCAACACGGGUCACAGCUCGGGGGCGGCCGGGAGCGCGCUGCGCCCGGGUCUGGGCAGGACGGGGUUAAUCGGAGUGGCGGCCGGGGUCAGCGGCAACGGCGGCGGGGUGGGACGGUCGGGGGACGGGGCAGGGAUGCUGGGGGGCAACGGGGCAGGGGGAGGCUCCCGAGGAGGGUCCCGGCCGGGCAACGGGGCAGGGCUGGCCGGGCUGCAGGGGACUGGAGUAGGGGGCAUCGGGGGAGUGACGCCCGCCGUCGGGAUGCACGGGGCCGGGAGGUACGAGCCCGAGCGGGACAGCACGCCUCAGGUGUACAGCGGCUCGGACGCCGACUCGGACUCCGGGGAUGACGACGACCCCCUGGGUCCGGCCGGGGACGGCAGGAGAGGGGUGAAGCGGGAGCGGGCGGAGAUGGAAGCCGCCGGCGCCGGGCAGGAGACCGGCGUGCCGCCGGGGGCAUACGGCGGGGUGUCCGCCGGGGUGGCCGGCGCGAAGCCGGGGAAGAAGACCAGGGGGCGAGUCAAGAUCAAAAUGGAGUUUAUCGACAACAAGCUGAGGCGGUACACAACUUUCAGCAAGCGGAAGACGGGCAUCAUGAAGAAGGCGUACGAGCUGUCGACGCUGACGGGCACUCAGGUCCUGCUGCUGGUGGCGAGCGAGACGGGCCACGUCUACACCUUCGCCACGCGGAAGCUGCAGCCCAUGAUCACCAGCGAGACGGGGAAGGCCCUGAUCCAGACCUGCCUGAACUCCCCCGACUCGCCCCCUCGCUCGGACCCCACCACCGACCAGCGGAUGAGCGCCACGGGCUUCGAGGAGACGGACCUCACGUACCAGGUGUCCGAGUCCGACAGCUGUGGAGAGACGAAGGCUUACGGGGGAGCCGGAGCCUAUGGGGGUCACACAGCUGGAUGGGAUCCUAGUCCAUCAUGGGGCUCUCGCGCACACACAGACACACUGAAGCCCGCCUUCACAGUGGCCAGCCUCCCUGGCACCACCUCUUCCAACCCCACGGCCCCCACCACCUCCACCACCAUGCAGGUCAGCAGCGGCCCCUCCUUCCCCAUCACCAACUACUUGGCGCCCGUCUCGGCCAGCGGCAACACCAACAGCAUCACCAGCGCCAACGGCACAGUCCUCAAGACCACAGGCUCCUCGGGGAGCGUCAUGCAGCUGCCUGGGGGCUUCUUCAUGUCAGGCACUACACUUCCGCCCGGCACCCCCACGAUUCCCAUUGCGCAGAUGCAGUCCCACUCUCUGGCCAUCCAGGGCCAGCAGGGUCAGGCGAUCACAGCCACGGCAUCGCAGGCACAGCAAGGGCAGCAGGCCGUCUUCCGCUUCCCCGCCACGGUCUCUCUCACAGGAGGACCGGUGUCUCAGCAGAUACAGGCAAUCCAGGUGCACCCCUCCACACAGCAGAGCUCGGCCAGCACCAGUGAAAGUGGACCGGAGAUCUCUCAGGCCUCCACCAGCUCUGCAGUCAGCCUUCCCGCCACCAUCGUCACCUCCUCUGUACCCACCUCCAUGGCAGGUCACAUGAUGUACCCCAGCCCCCAUGCGGUCAUGUACGCCUCCACGCCCACGCUGGCAGACGGCAGUCUGGCGGUGCUCAACGCCUUCUCACAGGCACCCUCCGCCAUGCAGGUCUCCCACACGCAGAGCCAGGAGCAAGGCGGAGUCCCUCAGGUUUUCCUCACAGGACCUCCAGGAACAGUGCAGAUCCCAGUCUCCGCUGUGCAGCUACACCCAGUACGGAAAGACGUAUAUAAUAUGGUGCUUGGCCAGCAGCCCAGCAGCAGCAGCAACCUGACCGAGCUGCAGGUGGUCAACCUGGAUGCCCCCCACAAUACCAAAAGUGACUGACUGAUGUGCAGACUCACGGACACACAGGCAUCGAGGCCAGGAAGCCCAGACCUUAUUUUAUAGAGACUGCCGCAACUAUUUAUUGUGAUGCCUUUUUACAGCGUUUGUUCAAACUAUAAGAACAUAGGAAGAACGAGGCGUUGCUGCAAUGUCCUUGGAUCAUGUUCUUGUAUAACUGAGAAUGUCUUUUUGUGUGUGUGUGCUGUUUUUAGUGAACUGUUACUGCAACAUGUGCACACUGCAGGUGCUGCGGCUUCUCACUUCAGCCAAAGAGACAUUCGUUUGUGUGUGUUGUGUUUGUUUGAGAGAUGGGAGGGGGACAGGGCAAGGCAAGGGAACCAAGGAGGUCCGAAAUUGUACAUAAUCCUUUUUUAUUUUGAGAGAGAAACUAUUUUUCGCCUGUUUGUGCAAUGGCAUGUGGCUGUUUUUGUUGUAUUCUUUUCGUUUGUUUUAAGGAAAGUGAGGAGCCAAGGAAUAUUCUUGGGGAGACCUGAGAUAAAGGCCCUGUGGUACAUUGGAACUGAGAGAAUCAAGUGCCAAAUUAGUGCUGUCUCAGUGAAGGGCUCCAGUCCCUCAAAGGUCUUUGUACUGUCAUGAAAGACACCCCUCAGUGGCAAUUGUGUGGCAGCGCACUCUGUAAUGACAGACAAUGUCAACAUGUGGUGCGAGGAGGAAGGGAGGUAUGGCUGUUAACACUGCAUUUGUAUGUUUAACCAAGGUAUUGUUUUACACUGUAUGCAUCCUCGACUGGGUAUUCCCUUGCUGUGCUUUUUCUUUUACUGGACAGCUGCUACCAUGCUCUGCUUGUUUACAAAAUCAGUUUCACAGACUUGCCUUUGCACUCUUUGUAAGAUGAAACUACUGACGUUUGCUGGAAAAUGUCUUCUCCAUGACAAGUCCUCAGUAGGUGGCGUUUCCCUGAACAGCAACCCCCCACCCCAACAUUAAUCUGUAAAACAGAGAGGAGGGGAGGACGAGGUCAGCCAGUCACAGGCCCCACCGCCCCACCCCUCCAGCGUGCCGGGAGAGCACCUGGGCUCCCGCAUCUGUGCCUGUGAGCUGGUGGGAGAGGUCAGAGGGACAGCCUUUCUGUGCAGGCUUGGCCAAAUGAGAUGGGCAGCGUUUCCACAGCUCGAGCAGCCCUUCUCAUCUCUUCCCCAGUUUAAACUGGAGCCGCACCCGAGAGCAUCACGUUCUCCCCUUUGAACAAGACUGUUCCCCCUCCCCUUUUAGUUUAAUAACAAAAACGGGUAUAAGACCAUGAGAAACAUUUUCACUUAUCAGGUUUUUGAACUUGAAUCAAUCAUACAUAUCCAACAUUGUCUGUCUACACUCGCCAAAAACAUAGCAGUAAGAUGUACACUUACGUUUUUUAAUGUAAAUUUAGUUAGGAAAAAUACUUUAAACGAUGACUUUGUACAUGAAAUUAAAUGCAUAUGCUAAAUUGCAUUACUAUAAUCAAACUUUAGUAUUUCAGUGUCUUCAGAAAACAUUUUUGGAGUGGAUACGGUCCACAAUGAUGAUAUGGAAACUCCAUGACUACGUGGUUAUUAGUAUACGAACACAUAGAUGCACUCUGUACUUGAUUACUCAGGAAGCGCUGCCGCUCAGCCCCGUGAGAUGUGGGGGACAGGACUGACCGAGAGAUGGCCUCAAAAACCGCUGCUGGCAGCAGAACAGUACUUGCGCAACCUGGCGACAUCCCAGCGCACAGGCCCAGCCUCAGAUCAGUCUCUCAGCUGCUCUAACCACUGAUCCUGUGGCAAUUGUUUUACUUCUGGCAGCCUGCAAGCCGUAGAAUACUCCAGGAUUCUGUGUGUUACUCCCCAUGCUCUGCAGGAGUGCCUGCUGACCCUGAUUGCCGUGUGAUCUCCAUGGUGACACGGACACACAGCUCGGCUCCAGGGGCCUGAUGUGCAGCCAUAGCCAGGUUCCCCCCCCCCGCUGUCCUGGCGUAACCCCCCUCACGUUUGCUCAUAUGUCCCACUUUUUUUUUGCCACUGUGAAUUGUUCGGAAAUCACAUUUCCUUAUCUGUCCUGUACAGAAUUCAGGAGUAUUACUGUUUUUAUGACCUUGCCCAGUACUGCUCUGUAAAAAUGCACGGACUAUACAGUGUGGGGGUUCUUGUCAGAGUGAUCCUCCUGUGCCCUACCCGAGUUUCUUAUUUAAAUCUCAACCUUCUGCUGAUGAGGUUAUAAAACUUGAGAGGAAAAUGAUUAUUUUCUUAGACCGUGAAUUCCUCUCCUUUUCUAGAAACAGUUUUAAAUAACACAUGCCUGAUGUUUUUAAUAUGGUUGAAAUCUAUGGCCUGGUCAUAGAUCAUGCGAGUUCAGGAGCUUGAUGCAGACCCUUCAGUUGUUUGUCAUAAGUACACAGAUAAAAAUAGUUUAAAAGUUUCUUCAUCAGCGCUCCAUUUCAUAGACACUGCAUACCAGCGUAGGCCUUGAAACCAUGUCAAUGAAACCUCCUCAACUGCAAGUUUUUAUCUUGCUAGAUUGUGCCCCCAGGAAUUCCCAUUGCUCCUGCUCCUGGUCUUGUAUGCUGCUGCAGGAGGAUAUUUGACUGAAAUCAAAGUGCAGUGGGGAGAUUCUACCCAGUGCUGCUGAGCAGAGCCAUUGUGUGUCUGUGUGCGUGUUAAAGGUACUGUGAGAUAGUGUUGGGAGGGCCAGGGGCUGAUGCUCUUGUAUGCUGACAGAGUUGAAUGCAGUAGUUAUUCUUAUAAAAAAUGAGAAGACUGGCUACAGGAAAAACAAUAUGUCGCUAGGUGUUUUGUUGCGAAAUCUGUCAAUCAGACUUACUGUGCAGAUCCUUGGCUCAUCUGGAGCACCUGUGUUUUGAACUCUUUCGGUACUCUUGCACUCUGCCAACAGCUCUGGGGACCCUUUUUCACAAAGAUUAAUUUGGGAGAGGCCUAGAAGUCUGAGAUUGUUUAAUGUUUUUCCAACGGUUCUUUCACUAUUCAUGUUAACAAAACUCCAGUUUCUACUGAAGUCCCUUUGAACAUAACACAAAACAUGAAUCUCAGACUUUGCUCCCCAGCAUAUAUACAUUUCUGUAGACUAAGUCCUUGGUGCUGUUGGUGGUCAAAUUUUACCUUUGAAUCCUGACUUUAAAUUAGGUGUAAAAACGUAAUGCAGGCUUUCCUUCUCUUCAUCAUCGUGGACCUUUGAGUCCAGUCAUGCUUUGGCUUUGAAUGUAGUGGCCCAGACUGGCUCUCCAGAGUCUGAGGCACAAGGCUGUGCCAUUGGAGCUCUUCCUGGCUGCAAGGUGGGGCAGCUCUCACUGUGUUCACUGUGUAUCUGUGUACAUGUGUCCAAAGGCAUUCACAUAGGAACAGCUACUGUAGUUUUUGUACCUUGGAGAUGCAAAAAAAAAAAAAGCCUUGAAAUAUAAUGAAAAAAAUAUUUUUCUAGGUGUUUUGAUUAAAUAUUUAUGUAUUUUAAACCUGGGGGAUGUUCUCUAGUUAUCUCUUUUGUGUGUUAGUUUCGUAUUCCCUCAUUCCUUUGUGGCUGAAUGUUUCUCCUCCGGGCAUGGAGUCGAGAUUCAGGCUGAUUCGGGGUAGUGAUGUUUUCUUUUGGUUAUACAAACAAAUGCCAGUUGAUUCCCAGCACUGAUUGUUUUUAGGCCAAAAUGUUUUAUUUUGAAGUUUCAAUUCAAAUUUCAUGCAUAUACCUAUACAAGUUUUGCCUUUUAUUACUACCUGUGUAAACAAUGCCUCACUCGAAGCCAUUAAACAAUCACAAUGUCUUUUUAGGAACAUUUUGUAUAUUUAACACUUAAAAUCAAUCCAAUGCAAUAAAAAUGCAAUUGUUUAAAAUUUGUUUUUCCUCUCGACUGUCAUCCAACCAUUUAUCUGGUCAGACUGAAUCCUACAGUAUUAAACUUCAGUAUGAUAAUUCCUAUCCACCAAAAUCUUUCUCACACCCUGUCUUGCUGAAGUCUAGUUUUUUUUUUUCCAUUAGUUAAGUGAUUAACAUCAGCAAACCCAGUCUCUACCAAGCACUGAAUUUUAAACAAGACUUGUAUUAAAUUAUAAUUUUGCUCCACACGCUAAACAAAAGACACAGCAUAAACCUUGAUGUAUUUUUUUUAUAAUUAAGAGAAUAGAAAUAUGAAUUGUACACAAGAUGUCUUUAUGAUAUGUGGUAAGAUUAUUCUAAAGAAAACUCGUUUUUUGUAGUUUGUUUUUAUUAACUUCCAGAGUUUGUCUGCGGAGUUUAUGUAUGUAACAUGGUAACUCUGUACAGAGCUUUUCUUUUGUAAAAAAAAAAACAAAAAAUAUAAACAAAAAUCUUCAAUAAAUGUAUCAUUUGUGAA